GGCCUGAAUGGACGUUGAUAUUGUGUCAAGCGGUCGAGGUAAGCAUUCGGAUAACAUCGGAUGCUUACAUGGAGCCAUUUAUUGCCCGUUCUUUUGGUCUACAAAACAAUACUUACAGAUGAUCUUGACUAUACGAAAGUUAUUUCCUUCGGCUUGCUUUGCGGGCCGAAUAUUCCAAGAUGAGCAGCGCCCGUGAUGCGCAGAACUUUGCAUGUGAUGAAUGCAGAGCGAGGAAGUCAAGGUGCUCCAAAGGAAAGCCAAAGUGUCUCCAGUGCUUGAAACUCGGCAAGGAAUGUGUCUACAGUCCAAAGGUUGUUCGAAGUCCUUUGACGCGACAACAUCUCACAUAUGUGGAAGACCGGCUAAGUGCAGUUGAGACGGCAUUGAGCAAACUAUUCCCUGGCGGUGAUUUGGAUAGUGUUGUGAGCUCUCUGCUCCAGGAUCAGGACCCUCACAGUAGGAAAUCUGUGUCGCCGUCCGUCUCUUCAAAAGACUCUCCGCGUCCUCGACCUGAGAGCAAGCAUUCCGAACCAGCUGCAGAAGCAGUCCCACAACAAGCCGAUGGCUUCGAUUGGGCGGAGCGAGAAAUCUCACUCGGGGAUCUCUCUGAUGGCAUGGCCGCCUUGUCUAUCAGACCUGAAGGAGCUGGUUACUUUGGAGCGUCGUCUAGCGUUGUUCCACUGCGGGCCAUCACAGAGCAUGGCUUUGACCUGAAUAUUCCAUCGCCCAGCGGAUCCGGUUAUCACAGAACGGCACCACUUAAAUCACAGUUAAUCAGUUCAGCUCCGUCGGGAUUGGUGGAGCAAGCGUUUAUUGACUCCUAUUUCUUAAACUAUCACAGCAGUUACCCUUUUGUCCACGAAAGUACCUUUAGGGCUCAAUAUCACGAGCAGAUACCCCGACCUCAUGGGCCAGUAUGGCAUAUUCUUCUCAAUACGAUUCUUGCUCUUGGUGCAUGGUGUAUUGGCGAUGACAGUUCAGACCUGGAUAUAACCUUCUAUCAGGAAGCCAGAAGCUACCUGCAACAGAUGUCUGUAUUUGAAAUGGGCAACAUCACUCUAGUGCAAGCCUUGGUGCUUCUCAGCAACUACACACAAAAGCGCAACAAGCCCAAUACGGGCUGGAAUUAUUUAGGGCUGGCUGUACGAAUGUCGAUGAGUCUCGGGAUACAUAAAGAGUUUCCAGGCUGGAAGAUUAGCCUGCUACAACGGGAAAUUCGCCGGCGGCUAUGGUGGGGAGUCUUCAUGUUCGAUAGUGGCGCAGCAAAGACUUUUGGACGUCCAAUUCUUCUUCCAGACGAAUCCAUAAUGGAUGCCCAUCAUGUUCUGAAUAUCCAUGAGGAAUCACUCACACCAGCCACAACGACAUUACCACCUGAAGUCAACGGACCAACCAUAUAUUCUGGUCUGAUUGCACAGGCGAAUUUUCAUUUGAAGACCAAUCACGUUUACCAGCAACUACUCGUCUCUAGCCCAAGCAUCACCACUGCAGAGGCCCAGGAAUUACAGAAGCCUAUGGAGGAAUGGCACAGUGAACUGCCUUACUAUCUGAAGAGUGCUAUUCCAGACGAACCAGACUGGUUGGCGCUGAUGCGAAAUCGAUUAAUGUGGCGAGACAUGAACAUGAGAAUGCUAAUCUAUCGGCCUAUUGUUCUUCGCUGGGCUUCGGAACGCUGGAAGGCCACAGAAAACACAGUUGAACCGGAAGACGAAGCGGAAAGGGAAUGUAGACUGCACUGUUUACAGUUUGCCCGAGCCACCAUUUCAUGUAUGAUGGAAUAUAUGGAAACACACAUGUGCACACGACUCGGCGCCUGGUACAUCUUGUACUUUCUUUUCCAAGCCGUCCUUAUCCCCAUCAUCUUUCUCAUGACCGACCCUACUUCACCAGACGUUGCAUCCUGGUAUCAAGAUGUAGAGACAACAAAAACUAUAUUGAGUCAUCCAACAUUGAGCAAUAACUGGGUAGCUCUCCGUUGCCUUGACGUGAUUACCCGCCUAUGCUCGCCUGGCUCACUGGCCGAAAGCCAGUCUAGUGUGCAGAACCAAUUUAUAAUGCAAUCGCAGGGCCACUUAUUUAACGACACCGGUUUUGGAAUCUUUCAGACUGAGCUGGGUAACCCGGGUGCAGUUGGGAUUGCACCGCCUACUGCUGGGGUGGAUUUUGCUGAAUGGGUGAAUUAUCCGGGUCAAGAACAUUAUUCAUAA